AUGGAUGAGCCCAAGAAACCAGGUCGUCCUUCUAGCUUUAAUGAGCCUCCCAUUUGGAGUCGUUCAAAGGCCAACCUGGCUAAACCUUCCUGUCUCAGCUCCAACCCCCACGUUUUCAGAUCUAUCGGCAUUCACGCCGUGGCCAAGGACAACGGUUUGCGGCACAAGAUGCGGGGAAAUCUUAACCCUGCUCUAGAACUCACAUGUCGGGCAUUAAACAUGGGGAGCCGGCACACAAAAGAAGAGCCCAGCGGCAACCCCCCACGUAACAUAACCAGAUCAAGGUACAGACAGUAUCAGCCCAGCCAAAGGUUGACAGUCAACCUCCGGGGCUGA